CACAGCUCUGUGGCAGUUUUCCCUUGGUGCAAGUGAGGGAGAGAGGAUCUGUGUCCCAUGGAGGAGACAGGCUUUGAGGACAAAUUGGAUGGAGCCAGGGCAAGGGACGGCAGCGGGGACGGCACAGCUGGCCAGACCACGAAGAAGGAUCUGGCUGGCACAGGGAAGGAGGCAGCCUUUGUAACUGGCAGUGAGAGUUCUCCACCAGGCAAGACCCCGCUCAUCUGCUGUUCAGACGGCCUUGAUCAGGACACCUUUAAAAUUUGCAAGGAGCUUUUGAGACCCUUUAAGAAGCCACUUCGGAAACUGCAUUUGCCCCAGCAUGACCCCUCAGAGAAAAAACUGAAGUAUAUGAAGGAGAGUUUGACCAUAAUCGGGGAGCGCAUCGAUCUGUUUGUCCAGCAGUACUGCAGGGCCUCAGAAGUCAAGCACUGGCAGAAGCUGUUGUGGCGGUUCGUCUCCCUCUUCUCAGAGCUGGAUGCCAAGCAGCUGCAGAAGCUGUAUAAGUACAUCAAGAACAACCAAAUGGAUAAGUUCCUGCAAUUAUGCUGUCCUUCGGAAAACACAGAUUUGCUUCCAGGACUCAAAGAAGAGAAACUGCAGCAGCUUUACCUCAUCUGGGGUCUCCACAGAGGUACGGGAGACCUGCAGGAACACCCAGGUUCCCAGACAACUUCGGAGGUCAACAGAAAGACAGAAAUCAUUUAAUACAGUAUCUUCACCUCAACAAAAAGCAGGGAACAAAGAGAGUCUCCAUGGUUUCCUGAAACCACAAGUUACCGAAAUACUUGCAGCGUCAUAGCAACAAGCUACAACCCAAGCAAAAUUAAAAUUUUGCAAUUUUAAACCGUAUGAUCUUCCUUAUUAUUAUCCUGGAGUUUCCUAACAGCUGUGCACCAGCAGCGAGA